AUGUCUGCGAAUCCCACUCCUGAUGAUGCUAAGGAUGAAGUUCUGUCGCCAUUCCGCCGACUAUACGGUUUAACAAAGACCCCUUAUCCAGCACUUGUCAGUGCGGCACUACUAGCGUCAACACCAGUACUAUCUCCAUCUUUGAAAGUCCCUUCAACACAGCCUCCCGCUCUUUCAAUACCAAUGUUCAGAGUAUUUUCUAGAUCACCUACUCCUAGGAUUGGUAUAACUACUAAGACGGCCCUUUUUUUUUCUACGAUGCAAGCUAUAGGGGCAUACAUGAUCUAUGACAACGACUUGGAGAAUGGAGCUGGCUUCAUUGCUACAUGGUCUGCCCUGUACUUGAUCGUGGGUGGCAAAAAAUCUUUCAGUGCGUUAAGAUAUGGAAGAACUUGGCCAUUGGUGCUAUCGUCCGUAUCAUUGGCAAACGCCGUUCUUUACGGUCAAAGAUUCCUUGCCACUGGGUUCCAAUGA